CAAGGAUUCCGAAGGCACAUUCGACAACUAUGCAAGAGAUAGAUGAUGUCAGUGAAAUUAGAGGGAAUUCAGAAAUAGAAGGCCAAACUUCAGCUACGGAUCAAGAAAUUCCGACCGUAUCAAACAACAGUAGAUAUACAAAAAGAAAGAGGGGUGCUGGGCGCGGUAAUUGGACAGAACAAUCACUAAAGGCCGCUAUUAGUUCUGUUAAAAAUGGGGAAAUGACCAUCUGCUCUGCAUCUAAAAGUUACGGCGUUCCACGUAAAACAUUGGAACGAAGAUACAAAUGUGAAAAUGAUAAAAAAGGACCUAUGGGGCAAUUUUCUAUGCUUGGACAACAAAUGAACAAAGACUUUGUCACUCAUAUAACAACCAUGCAAAGGCGACUAAAAAUAUCUCACAGAUUCAGCAAAAAAAUUGAAAAAGCUAGUUAUGAUUGGAUGCAAAUGUUUUUGAAAAGAAACGCUGAUAUUUCACUAGGAGGGUCUAAAGGAGUUUCAGUGGCUAGAUCUUAA